AUGUCUGCUUGUUUUUGGGUAUUCACAACCCUCUACUUAUACACAUCAAAUGCUUCUCCGAUCACCGGUAUUUCCAGUUCAAAAACCAUCGAGAGCCUCGCUACAAAUCAACAACUCUAUGAUGGGGAAACCUUAGUUUCUCCAGAUCAGCGAUUUGAAUUAGGUUUUUUCUGCCCUUCAAAUCCAUGCAAAGAUGUAAAAUUCUUGGGAAUUUGGUACAAAAAUAUAGCACCGACUACUGUUGUUUGGGUAGCCAAUCGGAAAAGGCCAAUUCGAAGAACGUCUUCAGGUGUACAUUUGAUGCUCGACGAUUCUGGGGUUUUUGUUAUUCAAGAUGGUAGUAAGCGAGUCAUAUGGAGGAACCCUCCCAAGAGUUACUCUCCAUCUGCGGGUCGAAAACCAGUUUUGCAGCUUUUGAAAUCUGGAAAUCUUGUGGUUAGAGAUUGUGAUAUUAAUCUUUCUUGUGGAGGAUACAUCUGGGAAAGCUUUAAUCAUCCCAGUGAUACAUUAUUACCAGGGAUGGAGCUCAGUCUGGAUUAUGGAUCUAGGCUUAGAUAUCGUGCAAUCACUUCAUGGAGAAAGAAAGAUGAUCCAUCUGAUGGCGAUUUUAAGUUUGGCUUUGAUAGAUCGGUUCAAGCUCCCCAAUUGGUGCUCACGAAAGAGAAUGGGGUUCGACUCUCAAGAUGGGGUCCAUGGGAUGGUCAAAAGUUCAGUGGUAUGAAUUCAUUAAUGGAUAAUCCAAUUUUGUCACCCACAUUGAGGUUUGAUGAUGACCAAGUUUCUUUGAAAUUUGAGGCAUUAAACCAGUCGAUCUUAUUGAGGUUGGUGUUAAGUCCACUAGGGAGUCUGCAGUUCUUGUGGUGGAAGAGUAGAAAUGAAGGUUGGAUAACAAUUCUGACUCUAAAUAAAGAUAAUUGUGAUCGAAUUGGAUCAUGUGGACCUUAUGGUAUAUGUUAUAGUGAUGAUCCAAGUUGUAGAUGCUUGGAAGAAGGAUUCAUGGCAAUUUCGUCAGUGGAUUGGUGUGGAUUUGAGUGCUCAAGUGGAUGCAAGAGAAAAAAUGAUCUGAAUUGCACUGCAGGAGAUGGGUUUCUGAAGUAUGAACAAAUGAAGCUGCCUGAUAAUUCAUCUGUUUGGGGUGCUUUAAGUAUCAACGAAUGUGAAAAUAAGUGUGCAAAGGAAUGCAGUUGUAUGGCAUACACUAGCUUGAACAUGUAUGGAAAUGGGAGUAUUAUUUGUGUGGUUUGGCUUGAUGAUCUUAUUGAUCUACGAACAGUUCAUGGAGGUGGAAAUGAUAUUUACAUUCGCAUGUCACACCUCGAGCUAGAUUCCAUCAUCCACAAGACGAAGAGGAAGAAAGUAAUAUGGGUUGCCUCUAUUGUUCUCUUGUCAACAAUUAUUGCUUGUGCACUUCUACUUAUUAUCAUAGUUCGAUAUUUUACUAUGCUAAAAAGAUCAAAGACAAGAGCAUUGGAACAGGAACAAAGUCCAUUGACAGAAUUUGGAGGAUCUCAAGAGGAAGAUUCAGAUUGUCGUGUCUUUGAAUUGGAUGAAAUUGCCACUGCAACUAAUAACUUCUGUACCUCUAAUGAGAUUGGCUCAGGAGGUUUUGGUAGGGUCUAUAAGGGUGAAUUACCAAGAGGAGAAGAAGUAGCUGUGAAGAGACUAGCCGAGAGUUCUUGGCAAGGCAUUCGGGAAUUCAAGAAUGAAGUUACUUUAAUAGCAAAGCUCCAACAUCGGAAUCUUGUGAAGCUCUUGGGAUAUUGCAUUGAAGGAAAUGAAAGAAUACUAGUAUAUGAAUACCUGUCAAACCACAGCCUAGAUCAUAUCAUUUUUGAUCAAUUCAAGAAAAGACUCCUGAUGUGGGACAAUCGUUUCAAGAUUAUCAAGGGAGUAGCAAAAGGGCUUUUGUAUCUCCAUGAUGAUUCUAGGCUAAGAAUAAUUCACCGUGACCUAAAAGCAAGUAAUAUUCUGCUUGAUAGUGAAAUGAACCCCAAGAUUUCUGACUUUGGAUUGGCAAGAAUUCUUGCAAGUGAGAAAGGGGAAACGACAAACCGAGUAAUCGGAACACACGGUUAUAUGUCUCCAGAAUACAUAAUGAAUGGCCAUUUUUCUACCAAGUCUGAUGUUUACAGCUUUGGUGUUUUGGCGUUGGAGAUAAUAAGUGGGAAAAAGAAUUGGGGAUUUCAGCAUCCUGACCAUAACUUGAACCUGCUAGGUCAUGCAUGGAAGUUGUGGACUGAAGGAAGGUCCUCAGAACUGAUGGAACCUGUAUUAGGUGACUCAAUCAUUCAGGAGGAUGAGAUUGUAAAGUGUAUACAUAUUGGUUUGUUGUGUGUCCAAAAACAGCCUGAAGAUCGACUUACAAUGUCUGAAGUGGUCAACAUACUACAAGGUGAACAUUGUAUUAAUGUGCGCCAACCAGAUGAACCUGGUUUUUUUGCAGGAAGGUCUAUGAUGGGACUAGGUUUUUCUACAACUGCAGAAAGAGAUCUUGAAAGUGUAAAUGAGGUAACAAUGACAACUAUAAGUGGAAGAUAG